AUGUUCAAGCACAGACUGGCCAAGGGAACAAGUGUGGGCAGACCCGGGAGGGCUCGGACUGCUCCACUGAUGUGUGACUAUAGCUGUGAGCUCCUGCCCUUUGAAGGGGAACGCGACUUCAUUGCUCCUCCCUUAGAUGCCUUGACUCUUUUGACUGGACAGCCCUUCAGUCAAAAGCCUCCUCAGACCUGGCAGCACUACUCAUCCGCCCCAGACUGUAUACCGGAUUUCCGUUGGCUGCUGUCGCUGCCGCUUUCUGUGCCUCAUCAGACAAACCGCGACUACCUCAACCUU